CUUUCAAAAUGUCUCAAAAGCGCAGAAUUGAGUUGAAUGAUUUACAUAAUAAAAAGGCUUCUAGCAUUAAUCCUUUAACGGGGUUGCCCUUUAGGCAAAAAUACUAUGAGCUUUUAGAAAAAAGAAUGGCAUUGCCUGUUUGGAAACAAAAAGAUGAGUUUAUAAAGAAAUUUAAAGACAAUCAAUGCCUUGUGCUGGUUGGAGAAACUGGAAGCGGGAAAACUACUCAGAUUACUCAAUGGUGCAUUGAUCUUAAUCCUUUGUACAGAGGAAAAGGGAUGAUUGCCUGCACGCAACCACGACGCGUGGCGGCCAUGUCUGUAGCAGCACGUGUUGCUGAGGAAAUGGACGUCAAGCUUGGCGAAGAAGUUGGUUAUAGCAUUCGCUUUGAGGAUUGUACUUCUUCAAAAACUAAACUCAAAUAUUGCACUGAUGGAAUGCUUCUUAGGGAAGCCAUGGCGGAUCCAUUACUCGAGCGUUACAGCUGCGUUAUUCUUGAUGAAGCACAUGAAAGGACGUUAGCAACUGAUGUUUUGAUGGGAUUAUUAAAGGAAGUUAUGGAACAACGAAAAGACUUGAAACUUGUGGUGAUGUCGGCCACUUUAGAUGCUGAAAAGUUUCAGUCUUACUUUAAUGACGCUCCUCUCAUGGUAGUUCCAGGACGUACCUUCCCAGUAGAACUUCUCUAUACAACUGAGCCUGAACGUGACUAUUUGGCUUCUGCUAUUAGAACUGCCGUGCAAAUUCAUUUGUGUGAAGGCGAAGGCGAUAUUUUACUUUUUCUUACCGGAGAAGAAGAAAUCGAGGACGCCUGCCAGAAAAUCCGGAAUGAAAUUGCUGCGGCUGGCCCGGACGCGGGUGAUUGUAAAAUCGUCCCGUUAUACUCUUCAUUGCCGCCGAAAUUGCAGCAAAGGGUUUUUGAAGCCGCCCCUCCCCACAAAUCAAAUGGUGCAAUUUCCCGAAAGAUUGUUGUAUCCACUAAUAUUGCAGAAACGUCACUGACCAUUGAUGGCGUGGUAUUCGUCAUCGAUCCAGGAUUUGCUAAGCAGAAAGUCUAUAAUCCCCGCGUGCGCGUGGAGUCUCUCCUAGUAACGCCGAUUUCCAAGGCAAGCGCCAAGCAGCGUGCGGGUCGUGCCGGACGCACUCGGCCCGGAAAGGCUUUCCGGUUGUACACGCUUCACUCUUUCACCAAUGACCUUCAAGAAAACACAUAUCCUGAAAUUUUGCGGUCGAAUCUCGGCGGAGUCGUCCUGCAGCUUAAAAAGUUGGGCAUUGCCAACCUCGUGAGUUUUGACUUUAUGGAUCCGCCCGCACCAGAGACUCUCAUGCGCGCUUUGGAAUUGUUGAAUUAUUUAGGCGCUUUGGAUGAUGAUGGAAACUUGACAGUACUUGGAGAGCAAAUGUCCGAGUUUCCAUUGGACCCGCAAAUGUCUAAAAUGUUAGUUUCGAGCCCGGAUUUCCAUUGUGCUGAGGAAAUUGUGUCCAUCUGCGCCAUGCUGUCCGUGCCGAACGUGUUUCUCCGCCCGAACGAUUCUAAGCGAGCCGCCGACGAUGUCAAGGCUCAGUUCUGCCAUGAAGACGGCGAUCAUUUGACUUUGUUGAAAGUUUUUCAGGAUUUUAAGGAAAACGAGCUGAACUCUCGCUGGUGUUUUGAUAAUUUUUUGAACCAAAGAUCUCUCAAGUCUGCAGACAAUGUCCGUACGCAACUCGUGCGUAUUCUUGAGCGUCUCGGUCUUUCUUUGAACAGCAGCGAAUUCACUAGUUCCCAAUAUUUUGUGAAUAUCCGGAAGGCGCUUGUGUCCGGCUAUUUCAUGCAAGUGGCGCAUGCAGGCAAGUCGGGCGAGUACAUGACUAUUAAGGAUAAUCAGGUUGUGCAAUUGCAUCCUUCGAAAUCGAUGACGAAGCGUCCUGAGUGGGUGGUUUACAAUGAGUUUGUGCUCACUGGCAAGAAUUAUAUCAGGACAGUCACGGACAUCCGCCCGGAGUGGCUUCUUGAUCAGGCCCCACACUACUACGAUUUGGAUAAUUUUCCAAAAUGCGCUGCAAAAUACGCGUUAGCUCGACUGCUUGAGGCUCGAAAGCGAAAAACAAGCAUCAAUAAUAGUAGUAGUAAUUCUAGUAAAAGGGAGAAAGCCAGCCGUUGGGAUUAAUAUUUAAAAUUAUUCACCA